AUGGCGGCCGAGUUCAAGCAAAAGGAGCUCGACGGCAAGCAGCGCGAGAUCAAGGAGAAGAACGACGUGCUCGACAGCCUCAACAUGAUGGUCGUUGAGCUCAAGACGGAGCUCACCAUUGCCCAAGCCGAGCUGGACGGCGCGUACGGCUCCCGCGCCGAGAGGGCGGCCGACGUCGCCGCGAUCAAGAGCAAUGACCAGGUGAACGAGCUCCACACGCAGAUCGACACUCUCAAGACGGAGCUCGACCAAACGCUCAAGCAGCUCGAGGAUAUCACGCGCGAGACCAUUACAGCCGAGCGCGAGAAGCUCGAGAUCGAGGGCAGGCUGGACGACACGAUUGCCGCGCGCGCCACGCUCGAGGCCGAGAUCGAGGAGCUCCGCCAGCGGUUGGACGCCGAGGUGCUCGGCUCGCGCGAGAAGAUCAACAAGCUCCAGGAGGAGCUCGACACUCAGAGGCUCAAGGCCGUGCCCACGGGCGAGGGCGGUGCCUCGCGGCCCGGUGCGGGCGCGUCGAUGCUCAGCGAACAGUUUAGGGCCACUAUGAGGGAAGAGAGGAAGAAGUUCCAAGAAGACCUGAGGCGCCUCCUCUUCCGCCGGUGCCGCUCUUCCCGUCUCGGCGGUGGUGCCACCCGCCACGCUGCCUGCUGUCGCGCCACCCUCUCCGUCCGCGGCAGCGUCGCCUGCCGCGCCGCCACCUGCGCCACCCGCCUUGCCGCCCUUGGCCUCGGUAGCGGCGGCUUCCUUGACGAUGUCGUCCUCGGUCUCUUUGAAAAUCUUGCGCGCGCUCUCAAUCUCGUUCUUCUUCUCAAACACCUCUUGGAUCUUGCCAAGGAAGGAAGGGUUGCGGCGAAAGGCAAAGGAGAAGUCUUCGGCCUUGAUUUUUGGCGGCCGGCGUGGUGGGCGGCGCGGUUGGCCUCGAAGGCGACGCCUUGGAUGAAGUCGACCGGGGGUUAG